AUGACCACCACCAUCCGCCAGUUUACCUCGUCCAGCUCCAUCAAGGGUUCCUCAGGCCUGGGGGGCUCAUCCCGCACCUCCUGCAGGCUGUCCGGCAGCCUGGGUGGUGGCUCCUGCAGGCUGGGCUCUGCUGGUGGUCUGGCUGGUGCCCUGGGCAGCAGCAACUACUCCAGCUGCUACAGCUUCGGCUCUGGCGGCAGCUAUGGCGGCAGCUUCGGCAGCAGUGAUGGGCUGCUGGCUGGUGGGGAGAAGGCCACCAUGCAGAAUCUCAAUGACCGCCUGGCCUCUUACCUGGACAAGGUGCGCGCUCUGGAGGAGGCCAACACCGAGCUGGAGGUGAAGAUCCGUGAUUGGUACCAGAAGCGGGCUCCAGGGCCUGCCCCUGACUACAGCCACUACUGGAAAUCCAUUGAGGACCUCAAGAACAAGAUCCUCACGGCCACCGUGGACAAUGCCAACAUCCUCCUGCAGAUUGACAAUGCCCGCCUGGCUGCGGAUGACUUCCGCACCAAGUUCGAGACAGAGCAGGCCCUGCGCCUGAGUGUGGAGGCUGACAUCAACGGGCUGCGCAGGGUGCUGGACGAGCUGACCCUGGCCAGGGCUGACCUGGAGAUGCAGAUCGAGAACCUCAAGGAGGAACUGGCCUACAUGAGGAAGAAUCACGAGGAGGAGAUGAAUGCUCUGCGAGGCCAGGUGGGCGGCGAGAUCAAUGUGGAGAUGGACGCCGCCCCCGGCGUGGACCUGAGCCGCAUCCUGUCUGAGAUGCGCGACCAGUAUGAAAAGAUGGCUGAGAAGAACCGCAAGGACGCCGAGGACUGGUUCUUCACUAAGACAGAGGAGCUGAACCGCGAAGUGGCCACCAACAGCGAGCUGCUGCAGAGUGGCAAGAGCGAGAUCUCGGAGCUGCGCCGCUCUCUGCAGGCCUUGGAAAUUGAGCUGCAGUCUCAGCUCAGCAUGAAAGCAUCCUUGGAGGGCAGCCUGGCAGAGACAGAGAACCGCUACUGCGUGCAGCUAUCCCAGAUCCAGGGUCUGAUUGGCAGCGUGGAGGAGCAGCUGGCACAGCUGCGCUGUGAUAUGGAGCAGCAGAACCAGGAGUACAGGAUCCUGCUGGACGUGAAGACUCGGCUGGAGCAGGAGAUUGCCACCUACCGCCGCCUGCUGGAGGGCGAGGAUGCCCACAAGGUCCCCUUGGCUCCCAUACACUUCCAAGUAUCUGUUUCUCUUGUAGCUGUGACCACCCGCCAGGUGCGCACCAUCGUGGAAGAGGUCCAGGACGGCAGGGUUAUCUCCUCCCGCGAGCAGGUGCACCAGACCACCCACUAAGAACUCAUCUUUUCUCUGGGCAGUCUCCAGGCAAUGGGGAGACAGCCGUAUCCUGUCCCCUGUACUAGCAGACCCCAACCUC